UGGACUCGUAAUAUCUCUCCUCCUCGAUUUCCUGAGGGAGAGACAGUGGAGACCGAGCUCCUCCAUUAUUAUUUGUUUUUAAUUAUUUAUUGUUCUUUUCUUUUUUUAUUAAUAUUAUUGCAGCCAAUUAAUCCAGAGAAAUUAAGGGGGAAAAAAGAAAAAGAAUGGAGGGGAGUCGGAAGAUGAACAGCUGCAGCACCAAAGGGAAGAAAGAUGAUCUUUAUCAUGUUAUUCAUAAGGUUCCUUCUGGUGAUAGUCCUUAUGUUAGAGCUAAACAUGCUCAGCUAGUUGCAAAGGAUCCUGAGGCAGCAAUAGUGUUGUUUUGGAAGGCAAUAAAUGCAGGAGACAGGGUGGACAGUGCCCUAAAAGACAUGGCUGUGGUGAUGAAGCAAUUGGAUAGAACUGAGGAGGCCAUUGAAGCUGUUAAGUCCUUUAGAGGCCUUUGUUCCAAACAAGCCCAAGACUCUCUUGACAAUGUCCUCAUUGACUUGUACAAGAAAUGUGGCAAAAUUGAAGAGCAAAUUGACUUGCUCAAGAGGAAGCUUAGGUUGAUAUACCAAGGAGCCGCCUUCAACGGAAAGCCGACUAAAACCGCGCGCUCUCAUGGAAAGAAGUUCCAAGUUUCAGUUACACAAGAGACUUUGAGAUUACUGGGUAAUUUGGGCUGGGCCUAUAUGCAAAGGGGUAACUACAUGAUGGCGGAGGUCGUGUAUCAAAAGGCCCAAAUGAUCGACCCUGACUCAAACAAAGCAUGUAACUUGGGUUUGUGCCUAAUCAAACAGGGCCGAUACGAAGAUGCCCGUUUGGUACUUGAAGAUGUGGUUCAAAGUAGACUUCCAGGAUCUGAGGAGAGCAAGUCGAAGAAACGGGCCCACGAGUUGUUAAUGGAAUUGAGGUCGAUGAGUAGUUUGCCAGAGUCAUUGGAUCUACUGAGCCUGGAUGAUGAUUUUGUGAAGGGGCUUGAGCAAUUGAUGAAUGAAUGGGGUCCGUUUAGAUCCAAGAGGCUUCCAAUCUUUGAAGAAAUCUCUCAAUUUAGAGAUCAAGUGGCAUGUUAAUAGUGCAAAUUAUCACUUUCUUGUGUUGUUUCACUUGUUCAUAUUGAUAUGUAGGUGUGUUAAUAUAGGUUGUGUGUUUAGUCCCAACAAAAGGGAAAACACAAACAAACACAGAAUCAAGUUGUCUUGUAUGAGGGUGUGUGGGUAAGUUCAAAAUUGAAAUAAAGUUCCUUGGUGGUUUGAAACACAA